UAAAAACAUACGUUUCCCUUUGAACUUUGCAAACUACCUUUAAAAAAAACCUUGCAGAGUCGCAUCAAGUCAUUAACUCACGUAAUCCACUUGUGGCUCGGUGUCUGGACAAUGCGAUCACACCGAUGGACUAAAGACUAAACCAGUUUCAGCACGGACCCAUCGAGCUCCACGCAUGGGACCUCUCCGGUGACUGACUGGGUGCUGCUUUGCUUCUCACACACACUGAUCGGAUCCUGGUGGACCGGUGGAGGAUGAAAAAGAACAAAUGGCUGUUUGAAUACUCGUUGAAACUGGGAGCCAAACAGGUGACGGGAUAGGGAAGGCCACCACGAGCAGUCAUGGGAUGUGGCGUCUCAAAAUCCGACCAGUUCCACAAAGGCUCCAGAAAAGCCGUCACAACCAUCAGAUCCGCCGUCCUGAUUCAGCGAUGGUACCGUCAGUACAUUGCUCGCACGGAGAUGAAACGCAGAUACACCUGGCACAUCUUCCAGUCCAUCGAAUACUCUGGAGAACAGGCGCAGAUAAAGCUUUAUAACUUCCUCGGCUACCUCAUGGACAACUUCACGCCCGCAAGCAAUGAACGGAAUUUGAUCUCGCACAUCUUCAGAGAGAACGAGGUCUGCCGCGACGCAGAGUGGGAGAGGUACUUCUGCUACAAGAACAUCGAGGUGCCAGAGAUCUACUCGGGACCUCACCUCACUUUCCCCUUGACGGUGGAGCAGGCGGUCGGGCUGGUGGAGGCCUUCAGGAACAAGAAGCAGCUGCACUCGCGCUACGUCCUCCAGCUGUUGCUUGAGACGUGGAGACAGCUCCGGAUGUUGCCAAAUAUCAACCGCAUCUCCACCUGUCAGAGCAAAGAAAUCACUAUUUGUGGGGAUUUGCACGGACAACUGGAUGACCUGCUGCUGAUUUUCUACAAGAAUGACAUGCCGUCCUUGGAGAACCCCUACGUGUUUAACGGAGACUUCGUAGACCGAGGCAAAGACUCCAUUGAGAUCCUCCUCAUCCUGUUUUCCUUCCUGCUCGUCUACCCGAGUGAAGUCCACCUCAACAGAGGAAACCACGAGGACCAUAUCAUCAACCUGAGGUAUGGCUUCACCAAGGAGGUGCUGACUAAAUACAAGUUGCACGGCAAACGGAUCCUGAAGCUGCUGCAGAAGAUAUUCAGCUGGUUGCCGUUAGCGACAGUGAUCGACCAGAAGGUGCUGGUGCUCCACGGCGGGAUCUCCGACACCACGGACCUCGCCAUCCUCGCCAGAGUGGACAGACACAAUUACGUUUCAGCGCUGAGGCCCCCGAAGAAAAGGCACCAGAGCUCGGCGGGGAUGUCCAUCGACUCGGACAUGGACUUGGACACCUCGUGCCGCCAUAAGUCGUUCCUGCGGCAGAACUCCCUCGCGUUCCUCAAACCCAUCAACCGCCAGAGCUUCCAGAACCGCUCGCUGCAAGACUUCUCCGAUCGGCUCAAAGUGAGCGCGGUGGAGGAGGUGGAGAUCAGCGGGAGGAGACGGUCCAUCCUCGACAAGGACAUCAACCCGCCAGAGAACGAGAGGACCGCGGCCGCGUCCUCCGAGUCCCUCAACAGUCUGACUGUGGUUGACGAGUGGAAACAGAUCCUGGACCUGCUGUGGAGCGACCCGAUGACCCAGGACGGCUGCGUGCCCAAUGAGGUGCGGGGCGGCGGCUGCUACUGGGGCCCCGACGUCACGGAGGACUUCCUGAACAGACACAACCUGCAGCUCAUCAUCCGCUCCCACGAGUGCAAACAGGAAGGUUACGAGUUCUGCCACAACCGCAAGGUCCUCACGCUGUUCUCUGCCUCCAAUUACUACGACGUGGGCAGCAACAGGGGGGCCUACGUGAAGCUGGGUCCAGACCUCGUGCCUUAUUUGAUUCAAUACCAGGCCAGCAGCAUGAUCAGAGAGCUCACCGUCAGGCAAAGUGCCGGGCGGACCGAGCGCUCAGCGCUCAAAGUCCUGCGGGAGCAGGUGUUUGCGCACAAAUCUGACCUCCUAUGUGCCAUCAAACGGUUCGACAGAAACAACACAGGUCUCGUGUGUGUGAGCGACUGGGCGUCGGCGGUGGAGAGCGUGAUGCACCUCGGCCUCCCCUGGAGGAUGCUGCGCUCCCAGCUGGUCCCGGGCAAGAUCCACGGCGGCAUGAUCGACUACCACGAGUGGUUCAACGAGCUCGCCAUCAAAGGAGUCAACGCCGAUCACAUCGACCAGAGUCUGCUCGAGACUUUGUAUCGUCACCGCUCCACCUUGGAGACCAUCUUCAGAAUCGUUGACUACGACAACUCGGGCUUUAUCAGCAUCGAGGACUUCCAGCAGACCUGGAAGCUGCUCAGCGUCUACCUGAAGAUGGAGAUCACGGACGACACCAUCGCCGACCUGAUCGUCACCAUCGACCGCAACCAGGACGGCAGCAUCGACAUCGAGGAGUUCAUGGAGGCCUUCCGGCUCACGGACAAGAAGAGCCGGCUGGAGCGAGGGCGCAGCAUGUUCAUGGGGACGGCCACGGACCUGACGAAGCUGGACGGAGAUCCCAACAUUUGAGGAGGGACGCAGGAAAAAAAAAAAAAAGAAAAUAGAGGGUGACCUCAGCAGAGACUCCCGCCGGGGGAGGGGGGGGGGGGGAUAAAGCCGACGCAAGCUGCUUCAGUGACGCACUUUGAGACGUAGGGCGCCGCCGAGCAACAGACGCGUAGAUCGCACGGGAUUAGAGGCGAUGGUGUUUGACAGCGAGUGUUUCAUCACACAUUUUGACGCAGUUUUGUGCAAUGAGAAGGUACGAGAGAAACACAACUCCAUUUAGUCUUUUAUGGAGCUAGAGUAGAUAAAAGGGCGCAAAGACAGAAAACAUCAUAUUUAGGCAACAUUUUUAUUGUCAUUAUUAGUAUUAUUAUUACUAGGAGUAUUGAUCAAUCAAAUUGUUACAUCAAAACAAAAAUAUAUUAAUUCAGUUAAGGGGGGGAGAGAGAGACUUAAUACAUAUUAGUAAUACAUACAUAUAAGUAAUACUGCAGAGAUCCAAACGUGACUUUUGUCUUGCUUUGUCCGACCAGAAAACCUAAAAAUAUUAUUGAAUUGGUAAAUGUCCACAUAGAACAUUUCACUUUAAAAAAUGACAAUUAUUCUGUGUUUCAGUUGAAAAUGAACUGAUAGGUAAAAUAUCUGGAAAUUAUGAUUAUUUUUCUGUGGAUUCUCUAAUUGUUUAAACCACUAAUUACUUCACAGUUGAUGGUGAUUCGCAGACUUUACAGAUACCAGAAACGACGCAUGAACUAAAUUCAAAACAGGCUUUAAUUGUGCAGCUCUCUGUUUGCACUCAUUAAAUGUCGCCGGUGCCUUAGCAGCAGCAGGAGCGAUUCAGCUUCUCGAGGUGAAGUUAAGACUGCACUGAUGAUGUUCUGUUUCAGUGCCAACUGCCAACAAAUUACUGGGGUCCCUCCUGGUCUCACGUGGGAUUCGACCUUCACCUCGUCCAGAACUGAGAACUCGUACACUCGUGUAUUUGUCUCCUAGAAUCUAUCGCUACCUUCAAAUUGUUGCUUUCAAGCGCUCAUUUUGAGAACUGUGUUUAUUUGCUUGCUUGCUUUAGUUGUGUCCGUCUGUCCGGCACCACGCCGGAGCCGGCAGACCGUUAGCGGAGCAUAAAAAGUGGAAAAUGGGGGAAACAGCCGGCUUGGCUCCGUCCGGAAGAAACACAACUUUGUUUAAUCCGCUGCAUAAACUGCUUUUAGAGAUCGUGACUUUGGUAUCAAUCUUUUUAAAUGAGUAUGUUAUAAGAACGCACAUAAUAACCAAAAUGUUGAACUAUUCCUUCGAGAUACGGAGACAUUACUUUUUUAGGUGUUUUCUUUGUCAGAUCUUCCGUUAGGAAAGUCUCCACAUAUCGCUGAACAUAUUGGUGAAGUUUUGUUUUAUGACAAAUUAAAAUGUUAUUGUACGUGAGUUUUGGAAUGCCGAACAUGUACAACUUUUACUGUAAAUACAUCUCAGUCAAAUUUGUAGCAUUCA